AUUUUUAAAUGAUGUAGUUACAGGCAAUUAUAGAACUACAAGUAAUAUUAAUCCUGUAAAUAAUAUGUCAGUGUUAGAUAGUGAAGCCAGUCCAGAACAGAGUACUAAGCCAACAAAAAGAUCAAAGAAUGAUACUUUUGAAGAAUCAAUUUUAAAGGAAUUGCGUGAAUCAAGACCGGUUGCACCAACAAGGGCUCCACCAACUAACGAAGAAAACGGGGACUUACACUUCUGUAAAUAUUUGGCACAUUUAAUGAAAAAUAUGACAGAAAAAAAAAAAUUAAGAUUACAAUCACAAUUUAUAUGCCAAGUUAUUGAUAGUUUGGAAGACUGACUAUGAAGUUUAAGACAGAUUAUUAAAUUAUAAGACUGAAAGUAACUUCUUAUAAAUUUGUUAAAUUAUUUUUUAUUAUUUUAUUUUGAA